AUGGGUUUGGGUUGCGUGUUGAUGCAACGUGGGAAAGUAAUUGCUUAUGCCUCAAGGCAGUUAAAGGAUCAUGAAAAACAGUAUCCUACUCAUGAUAUGGAGUUAGCAGCAAAAGAUUUGAAUAUGCGCCAAAGACGAUGGUUAGAAUUGGUUAGUGAUUAUGAUUGUGAAAUAUUGUACCAUCCGGCAAAAGCAAACGUGGUAGCUGAUGCUUUAAGCCGUCAAGAGAAAAGUGGUACCAUCAAAGCCAUAGCCUUAAGAGCUGAGUUACUACCAGGUAUUCAUGAAGAGUUGCAAAAAUUUCAAGGUGAAUCUAUGAAAGAGGAUAAGAUUAAGCAAGAAAGACUUGGUGGAAUGGUAUCUGAAUUUGAAAAGAAUGGCAAGGGAUUAUGGAAUUUCCAAAACAGAGCUUGGGUAUCCUGUUAUGGUAAUCUCAGAGAGCGUAUUUUAAGUGAAGCUCAUAAAUCACGUUUUGCUAUCUACCCGGGUACAAAUAAAAUGUAUCGGGAUUUGAAACAGUAG